AUGGACGCUAUGGACGUCGACCCCCAGGUGGAUGCGGCUACGCUCCGUGUUGUUGACCUGCGCCGGAUUCUUCAGGCUCACCGUGUGCCUGUGCCGAGCACAGCACGCAAGGCAGUACUGAUGGAUGCGUUUGAAAAGCAUGUGCGUCCCGCGCUGUUGACAGCCAACGAGGCACGCCCCGACGCGAUCCGGUCCGGCGACGAUACGCGAGGUGGGCUGCCUGACAAUGCUUCUUCAAACUUGCCAGCGACGCCGCAGCAGCCCGUCAUGGAUAUUCGCUUCUCGGAUGACAACCCGUUCCAAAGGGACUCGGUGUCGCCGCCGACCGCUAAAAGAGGGAGCAAAGUGCCGACCGAGUCGGCCUCGAGGAAGAAGACGCCACCUUCCGCGCGUGUGGACACAAAGACCACGCCGCCAAAGCACGAGCCGACUACGCCAUCGCCUGCGCAGCGUUCGACACCUGCUCGUCAGGUGCGUCGCCGCACGCCGCAGCAGGCGCGCGAGCUCGCUAUGCGCGCCGAGCGGCCGGCUUCACCCCGUCCCUCUCCAGCGCCUGCAUCGAUGCCUGCGUCGGCGCUUCGUUGGACUGUGCUCCGCUGGCUCCUCUGGGCCGCUGGGCUGCUAUGGUUCUGGUACUGCUGGCAAACGCGCCAGGCCGGCUACUGUACGAGCGGGACGGUGCCGCUGUAUGAGCCGCACCGCACACCCAGUGAUGUGUGGAAGGCGAUUGUAUCACCCGCCUGCGUGCCGUGCCCGGAGCACGGCGUAUGUGCCGGGGGGCGACUGACCGGCUGUGCGAGCACGGACUAUGUGGUGGCCCAGCCGUGGCAGGCGCGUGUGCCGCUCAUUGCACAGGCCCUGCCGCUCUCUUUGCGUAUGGCAGAGUGCGUGCCUGAUACGUUCAAGCUUGUCCUCGCCUCCGAGCUAGCCGACGCCCUCGUUGGCUACUUGUCCCACUGGCAUGGCCAAGUGCGGUGCCAGUACGCGACAGCGUACCCUGGUGCGCCUGCGCAUUCGCUCGGCAUGUACGCGGUCCCCGAGGCCAGCGUGAAAGAAACGCUUCUCUCGCGCAUCACUGAAUCGAUGGAUACGCCAACAUUCGAGGCGAUUUGGGCGCUAGCGCUGGAGGGGCUGCAGACACACGCGCCAGAUGAGAUGCUUGUACUGACGCAUGCUCAUUCACGCUGGCUCGUUGCGACGCGCGCGACGAUGCCCGUGAGCUGCCGGCUGCGCCUCCUCGUGCGUGACUGGGCGUGGCGAAACAGGCUGCGCGGCGCACUGACCUUGUGUGGUCUGUUGGCGGCGCUUCUGGCGUACCAGCGUGUGCAGCACCGGCGCCGGCGGCAACAGCAGGUGGCCGUCUAUGCCAAGGAGGUGUUCCGACGAUUGCAGGCACAGGCUGCGCAGGCCGAGCGCGAUGGCACGCCGCGCGAAAUGCCUGUGCUUCACUUGCGCGACACAGUGCUCGAGGCAGAAUCGCGUCCGCGCGUCCGCCAGCGCCUCUGGGCACCCGUUGUGCGCGUCGUGCAGCAGAAUGCUAAUGUGCGCUCGCGCCAGGCACAGAGGCAUGGCGAGUGGCAGCAUGUGUGGGAAUGGAUGGGCAUGGUGCCCGGCACGCCCUCCUCCGCGUCGCCGGCCGACGACCGAGGCGCCAGUGGGGCGCGUCCCAAGGUCGACGCGUCGGAGCCCUCCACCUAA